AUGUCGUCCUCUAGGAAGAACCUCGAGGCGACUUUUCGUGACAUCAUCGACAAAUGUAACUCGGGCACAGAGGAGGGCUUGGAAUCCGUCCUACACGCAACUGUGGGUUUCAACGGAUCAGACUGCUUGAGAAGAGACUUUCCUGAGCGACUGAAUGGUCGUGACGGGGUACACAGCACCAACGUGGUGAAAAUCGACACGAUUCUACUUGAUGAACAUGGGCGCGUUGCCGCCCGUCUCAUCAACAAAACGACACUGAGAGACACCAACAAGGUCUUUGAGUAUGCAGAAAUCAUCUUUGCCGAUUUCACCAAUAAUGCUCUCCUCACAUGGCAGACAUUACGAGACGAGGAUGGCAUUCAAAGUCAACAGUCAACGAUCCCCGUGACGCCUUCGCCGCCGUCUGCAGUCCGGUCAUCAUCUGCAAUGUCAUCGCGAGACCUGAAGUCUUUUUAUCAGAGAUACAUCGACUGCAUCAACAAGAAGACAAUGGCAGAGGAGUUUGCCCGGUUCUGCCAACCAGAGCUGAUACACAACGAUCACAAGCUCUCGAUCGCCGAAUACACGCCCCUGAUCAGCGACAGCCAGCAUGCCAUCGAGGGCUUACUCUUUACCAUUGAACUGCUCUUCAUGGAUGAAGAGACGCAGCAGAUUGCGGCGAGGCUCGAGUUCACGGGAACUCCUGUCCAAGAGUGGGGAGGCGCGAAGCCCAACGGCAAAGCAGUCAAGUUUCAUGAGCAUGUCAUGUAUCAGUUGGAGGAUGGAAAGAUCUCGAGGGUGUGGUCGGUUCUGGAACUGGAUGCGUACCGCCAACAGAUGAUCUGA